UGAAGUGGGCGUGUGCUCCUCUGAGCCAUAACGAUAGGGCAUGCAGAAAGUAGUGUGUGUGUGUGUGUGUGUGGCUUUGAGAGAGAAAGGCAGGUUGAAGCAAAAUUUGAGGAAGAAGCAUGUUACAUAAUGAUUUCUACACCCAGAUUAAUAGCUGAAGAGGAACUUCGACACAACUGCUGUACAUUCAACGUGGAAUGAGACAGGAAUUGAAGGAAGGCCCCGAAAUAAAGGUAUUAGCAGCUGUUUCAAAACAUCAGCAUUAGAUAGACAGCAAUACAGGAAGAGAGAGAAAGGGAGCAAGCAACACAGAAAGAGGCAGAGAGGAAGAGAGCAAGAGCAGAAAACAAGACAGGGGAGAGGCUGUUCAGUGCUAAGCCUGUUAGCUAUCUUACUGAAGGCUUCCUGCGUCAGCACCAUGGGAAAAUCAGCCUCGAAGCAGUUUGCUGAGGAGGUGCUGCGAUGCCAUAAUGAGUUCAGGAGGAAGCACCAGGCUCCUCCAAUGAAGCUGAACAGCAAGUUAAGCAGCGAGGCUACCCGUUAUGCUGAAAGUCUGGCCAGUACACGGAUCCUGAAACACAGUGUGGAGUCCAGUAGAGGGAGCUGUGGAGAGAACCUUGCAUGGGCCUCCUAUGACCAAUCAGGUAAGGAUGUUGCAGACCGCUGGUAUGACGAAGUGAAACAGUACAACUUCAACCGCCCUGGAUUCUCCUCUGCCACUGGCCAUUUCACAGCGAUGGUGUGGAAGAGCAGUAAUAAGCUGGGUGUCGGUAAGGCCACUGCAUCAGACGGGUCUUCCUUCGUGGUGGCUCGGUACUUCCCCGCUGGGAAUAUCACUAACCAGGGACACUUUGAGAACAACGUCCUCCCAGCUAAGACCACCACCUAAUGAUGUAUAGAUCCCCAACACUUGACUGGACAGUCUGAAGUUAUCUGCCUGCACUGCUAUGAAGAAUAUUCAGGAGAGCACCACUCCCUGCCUAGUAGAGAUCCAUUCUACCAUCUUGUAUUGAUUUUGAGUGAUGAAAUGCACCCUGGUUUGAGGUCCAUGUCCUGUUUUUUAUGGACCCGUUUACGCCAUAGUGUUUAGAAUAAAAGAAGCACUACUGUUUGACUUUGCUAACAAAACAUUUCCAGUGACCAUUUGGAUUGUUCAUUUGGUUAUUUACAUUUCCUGUGACAGUAUUUUAUUCAUUAAUGCCAAUACUUUCAUAUUUUCACGCACUGAAAUACAUCAUAGCCUCACAUCUGUAUUUGAGGGGAAAUGGUAGCUAAGUCAGUCAAAGGGACAGGCUUUACGCGUUUACAUUUCAUUGCAUAUAAUUUAAAGCUGAUAAAUCAACAUUCUUGGUAUGUGUUUGUGUUAUUGCCACAACUUGUCAAAGCAGAACCCUGCAGUCUCGAGUGUGUGUUUUGUAUUCUAAUGAGUUUUGUACAAUAAAGUUGAUAGAUUGUCAGAAAUGCAUUUGGCAUCUGUCUGGGCA